UCGCGGAGGCGCGGGGUCCGCGGCGUGGGCUCCCGAGGCCCGGGCUCCGGAGCCCGGGUCUCCCGCGGGGGCCCCGGGCGGGGCCGGUCGGCGCUCACGAGCCCGCUCCGCCCGCAGAAGUGCCUGCGCCUGGACCCGGCCGCGCCCGUGUGGGCCGCCAAGCAGCGCGUGCUCUGCGCCCUCAACCACAGCCUCCAGGACGCGCUCAACUACGGGCUCUUCCAGCCGCCCUCCCGGGGCCGCGCCGGCAAGUUCCUGGACGAGGAGCGGCUCCUGCAGGAUUACCCGCCGAACCUGGACACGCCCCUGCCCUACCUGGAGUUUCGAUACAAGAGGCGAGUUUAUGCCCAGAACCUCAUCGACGAUAAGCAGUUUGCAAAGCUUCACACUAAGGCGAACCUGAAAAAGUUCAUGGACUACAUCCAGCUGCACAGCACGGACAAGGUGGCCCGCCUGCUGGAUAAGGGGCUGGACCCCAACUUCCACGAUCCUGACUCAGGAGAGUGUCCUCUGAGCCUCGCGGCCCAGCUGGACAACGCCACCGACCUGCUGAAGGUGCUGAGGAACGGCGGUGCCCACCUGGACUUCCGCACUCGCGACGGGCUCACCGCCGUGCACUGUGCCACACGCCAGCGUAACGCUGCAGCUUUGACGACCUUGCUGGACCUGGGCGCUUCUCCCGACUAUAAGGACAGCCGCGGCCUGACACCCUUAUACCACAGCGCCCUGGGGGGCGGGGAUGCCCUCUGCUGUGAGCUGCUGCUGCACGACCACGCCCAGCUGGGGACCACUGAUGAGAACGGCUGGCAGGAGAUCCACCAGGCCUGCCGCUUUGGACACGUGCAACAUCUGGAGCACCUGCUGUUCUACGGGGCUGACAUGGGGGCCCAGAAUGCCUCAGGGAACACGGCCCUGCACAUCUGCGCUCUCUACAACCAGGAGAGCUGUGCUCGUGUCUUGCUUUUCCGUGGAGCCAACAAGGAUGUCCGCAAUUACAACAGCCAGACGGCUUUCCAGGUGGCCAUCAUUGCGGGGAACUUUGAGCUGGCGGAGGUCAUCAAGACCCACAAAGACUCCGACGUUGUACCAUUCAGGGAAACCCCCACCUACGCAAAGCGGCGGCGGCUGGCCGGCCCCAGUGGCCUGGCCUCCCCUCGGCCCCUGCAGCGCUCGGCCAGCGACAUCAAUCUGAAGGGUGAGGUGCAGUCGGCAGCUUCACCUGGGCCGUCGCUGCGAAGCCUUCCCCACCAGCUGCUGCUCCAGCGGCUGCAGGAGGAGAAAGACCGGGACAGGGAACGGGAUGGUGACCAAGAGAACGACAUCAGUGGCCCUGCGGCAGGCCGGGGCAUCCACAGCAAGAUCAGGUAGGAUGGAAGCCCAGGCAGGGUCCAGGGGGUGGGGUGCCAGGACCCAAGCCAAGGGGAGCUAACAGGAGAGGCAGGGAGAAGCCUAGUGGUGUCUGAUGGGCUGAGGCUUGGGGUAGGGGACUCCCAGGCCCCCAGACUGACCUCCCCAUGUGGAGAAGGGAAGCAGGUGACACCCUGUGGACCAGGGCAGGCUCCCCCCUCCGCUGAUCUCUGGUUGGAACUGGACUUCCCCGCGCCCCCCGCGCCGCCGCCCCGGGGCCCGAAGCGGAAACUUUACAGCGCCGUCCCCGGCCGCAAGUUCAUCGCCGUGAAGGCGCACAGCCCGCAAGGCGAAGGCGAAAUCCCGCUGCACCGCGGCGAGGCCGUGAAGGUGCUCAGCAUUGGGGAGGGCGGUUUCUGGGAGGGGACUGUGAAAGGCCGCACAGGCUGGUUCCCGGCCGACUGCGUGGAGGAGGUCCAGAUGAGACAGUACGACACAAGGCACGAAACCCGGGAGGACCGGACAAAGCGACUUUUCCGCCACUACACGGUGGGCUCCUAUGACAGCCUCACCUCACACAGCGAUUAUGUCAUUGACGACAAGGUGGCCGUCCUGCAGAAACGGGACCACGAGGGCUUUGGUUUCGUGCUCCGGGGGGCCAAAGCAGAGACCCCCAUCGAGGAGUUCACGCCCACGCCGGCCUUCCCCGCGCUCCAGUACCUCGAGUCUGUGGACGUGGAGGGUGUGGCCUGGAGGGCCGGGCUGCGCACAGGGGACUUCCUCAUCGAGGUGAACGGGGUAAACGUGGUGAAGGUUGGACACAAGCAGGUGGUGGCUCUGAUCCGCCAGGGCGGGAACCGUCUUGUCAUGAAGGUCGUGUCAGUGACAAGGAAGCCGGAAGAAGACGGGGCUCGGCGCAGAGCCCCGCAGCCCCCCAAGAGGGCCCCCAGCACCACGCUGACCCUGCGCUCCAAGUCCAUGACGGCCGAGCUCGAGGAACUGGCCUCCAUUCGGAGAAGGAAAGGGGAGAAACUAGACGAGAUCCUGGCAGCUGCCACGGAGCCCACACUGAGGCCAGACAUCGCGGAUGCCGACUCAAGAGCUGCUACCGUCAAACAGCGGCCGACCAGCCGGAGGAUCACCCCGGCGGAGAUCAGCUCACUGUUUGAGCGCCAGGGCCUCCCAGGCCCAGAGAAGCUGCCGGGCUCCCUGCGGAAGGCCAUUCCACGGACCAAGUCUGUAGGGGAGGAUGAGAAGCUGGCGUCCCUGCUGGAGGGUCGUUUCCCGCGAAGCACGUCCAUGCAGGACUCGGCGCGCGAGGGCCGCGGCAUCCCACCCCCACCGCAGACCGCGCCGCCGCCCCCGCCCGCCCCCUACUACCUGGACUCCGGGCCGCCCCCCGCCUUCUCGCCGCCGCCCCCGCCCGGCCGCGCCUACGACACGGUGCGCUCCAGCUUCAAGCCCGGCCUGGAGGCGCGCCUGGGCGCGGGGGCCGCGGGCCUGUACGAGUCCGGCGCGCCCCUGGGCCCGCUGCCCUACCCGGAGCGGCAGAAGCGCGCGCGAUCCAUGAUCAUCCUGCAGGACUCGGCGCCCGAGGCGGGCGACGUCCCCCGUCCCCCGCCAGCGGCCACCCCGCCAGAGCGCUCCAAGCGCCGGCCGAGGCCGCCGGGCCCCGACAGCCCCUACGCCAACCUGGGCGCCUUCAGCGCCAGCCUCUUCGCGCCGUCCAAGCCUCAGCGCCGCAAAAGCCCGCUGGUGAAGCAGCUGCAGGUGGAGGACGCACAGGAGCGCGCGGCCUUGGCCGUGGGCAGCCCGGGCCCGGUCGGCGGCAGCUUCGCCCGCGAGCCCUCUCCGACGCACCGCGGUCCUCGGCCCAGCGGCCUCGACUACGGCUCCGGGGACGGCCCCGGGCUCGCGUUCGGCGGCCCGGGCCCGGGCAAGGACCGGCGGCUGGAGGAGCGGCGCCGCUCCACUGUGUUCCUGUCGGUGGGCGCCAUCGAGGGCAGUCCCCCCAGCGCCGACCUGCCCUCCCUGCAGCCUUCCCGCUCCAUCGACGAGCGCCUCCUGGGGGCUGGCGCCGCCACUGGCCGCGACUUGCUGCUGCCCUCCCCCGUCUCUGCUCUGAAGCCAUUGGUCAGCGGCCCGAGCCUUGGGCCUUCCGGCUCCACCUUCAUCCACCCCCUCACCGGCAAACCCCUGGACCCCAGCUCGCCCCUGGCCCUCGCCCUGGCAGCCCGCGAGCGGGCGCUGGCCUCCCAGACGCCCUCCCGGUCCCCAACACCCGUGCACAGCCCUGACGCGGACCGCUCUGGGCCUCUGUUUGUGGACGUUCAAACCCGCGAGGCUGAGCGAGGGGCCCUGGCCUCCCCAGCCUUCUCCCCGAGGAGCCCAGCCUGGGUCCCCGUGCCUGCUCGCAGGGAGCCGGAGAAAGCUCCCCGGGAGGAGCGGAAGUCGCCGGAGGACAAGAAGUCCAUGAUCCUCAGUGUCCUGGACACGUCCCUGCAGCGGCCAGCUGGCCUCAUCGUUGUGCACGCCACCAGCAAUGGGCAGAAGCCCAGUGGACUGGGUCCCGAGGAGGAGCCCCCCGGCACCCCAGAGCUGGCCCCAGCACCCACACAGUCAGCAGUGGUGGCAGAGCCCCUGCCUAGCCCCCGGGCCCAGCCCCCUGGUAGCACCCCAACAGACCCUGGGCCAGGCCAGGGCAGCUCAGAGGAGGAGCCAGAGCUGGUGUUCGCAGUGAACCUGCCCCCUGCCCAGUUGUCCUCCAGCGAUGAGGAGACCAGAGAGGAGCUGGCUCGCAUUGGGCUGGUGCCACCCCCUGAAGAGUUUGCCAAUGGGGUCCUGCUGGCCAUCCCACUGCCCGGCCCAGGCCCCUCACCCACCACGGUGCCCGGCCCGGCCUCAGGGAAGCCAAGCAGUGAGCUGCCCCCUGCCCCUGAGUCUGCAGCCGACUCCGGGGUGGAGGAGGCCGACACACGCAGCUCCAGCGACCCCCACCUGGAGACCACAAGCACCAUCUCCACGGUGUCCAGCAUGUCCACCCUGAGCUCCGAGAGCGGGGAGCUCACCGACACCCACACCUCCUUCGCCGAUGGACACACUUUUCUACUCGAGAAGCCACCAGUGCCUCCCAAGCCCAAGCUCAAGUCCCCGCUGGGGAAGGGGCCGGUGACCUUCAGGGACCCUCUACUGAAGCAGUCCUCGGACAGUGAGCUCAUGGCCCAGCAGCACCACGCCGCCUCUGCCGCUGCGCCUGCUCGUCCUCGCUACCUCUUCCAGAGAAGGUCCAAGCUGUGGGGAGAUCCCAUGGAGAGCCGGGGGCUCCCCGGACCCGAAGACGACAAACCAACUGUGAUCAGUGAGCUCAGCUCCCGCCUGCAGCAGCUGAACAAAGACACACGCUCCCUGGGGGAGGAACCCGUCGGUGGCCUGGGCGGCCUGCUGGACCCAGCAAAGAAGUCGCCCAUCGCGGCAGCUCGGCUCUUCAGCAGCCUCGGUGAGCUGAGCUCCAUCUCAGCGCAGCGCAGCCCUGGGGGCCCGGGCGGCGGGGCCUCCUACCCGGUGCGGCCCGGCGGCCGCUACCCCGUGGCGCGGCGCGCCCCGAGCCCGGUGAAGCCCGCGUCGCUGGAGCGGGUGGAGGGGCUGGGGGCGGGCGCGGGGGGCGCGGGCCGGCCCUUCGGCCUCACGCCUCCCACCAUCCUCAAGUCGUCCAGCCUCUCCAUCCCGCACGAGCCGAAGGAGGUGCGCUUCGUGGUGCGGAGCGUGAGCGCGCGCAGCCGCUCGCCCUCGCCCUCGCCGCUGCCCUCGCCGGCGCCCGGCCCCGGCCCCGGGGCGCCCGGCCCGCGCCGGCCCUUCCAGCAGAAGCCGCUGCAGCUCUGGAGCAAAUUCGACGUGGGCGACUGGCUGGAGAGCAUCCACUUGGGCGAGCACCGCGACCGCUUCGAGGACCACGAAAUCGAGGGCGCGCACCUGCCGGCACUCACCAAGGACGACUUCGUGGAGCUGGGCGUCACGCGCGUGGGCCACCGCAUGAACAUCGAGCGCGCGCUCCGGCAGCUGGACGGCAGCUGACGCCCCACUCUCACCCACGUCCCGGCCGCCCUGCCGGCAGGGCCCCCACCCCACCCCCGGGCCGCGGGCUCGGCCCGCCCCUCCACGGCGCCCGGGCCAGGAAUGUUGCAUGAACCGUCCUGUUUGCUGUCGCUCGGAGACUUGCCCUGUACAUUGCUUAGUGCCCUCCCCGGCCGGCGAGCCCCCCAGCACUCGGCCAGGAAGGGCGCGGGCCAGAAGCUGGAGCGAGAGGGGUCGGGCGUGGGGUGCUCCUGCCGGCCAUCUCCCGCACAGCUCCUGGUGGCUACUCUCCCAGAGGGGGGACCUAGUCCAGCAUGCAAGGUCAGGACACUCCUUGAUGACUGGGGGGUGGGGGGAGACAUUGGGGUUCUUGGUUGGGGGCCAAGGAGCCCCCUGUUUUGCAUAUUUUAAUCCACUCUAUAUUCGGAACGAGAAAAGGAACAAAUAUCUCUGUCCUUAAUAGCGUCCCCUCCCCUUCCCUCCAGCCCCCUACUGGUUUCGCUGUGGCUGCCCAGUCUUCCAUCUCUGGCCCCUCACUGCCACUGCCACCCCACAUGGUGGGGGGGGACACUCCAGCUGGUCUGGGGUUGGCCAGGGUCCUAGCAGCCCGCCCUGGGGCCCUGGCUCAGCCCUCUCCCCUCGCUGAGCUCUGUGUGCCCCACGACCCUUCAGGUGCUGCGUGGAGGAGGGGCAGCAGGCAGCGAGUCCUGCUGGGCUCUCGCAAGGUCAGGUGGCCUGGGAGACCAUGGCCCUGGGUGGGGCAGGGCCCUGACACCCGCCCCUAGCCAUCUCCCUUACAGGGCCUCUCCCCAGGAGGGGUCUAGCCUCCUUCCCACACUGUCGGGCAACCACAGAGAGAUGCCUCUCUGCCUCAGACCCCAAAGUCUCCUGUCCCCGCCCUGUGUGUGUGCACAUGUGCGAGUGUGUGAAACUCUGGGUGUGCCUGAGUGCAUCGGAGCCCUGCGUGUGCCUGAGUGGGGAGCGGUCCUGAGGGGCCCCUCUGGACUAGUGCGGGGGGCUUCGUAAGUGUGCUCAGGGUGCGUGCCUGUGAAAGCUCCCGUCUCCACUCCAAAGAAAGUGACGCCAUCCCGCACCCUGGGACCUGCUGUUUGCCCAGAGCCGAGCCUCCCCUGAGCGGGCUUCCCUGGUGAAGCCCUGCUGUUUGGGGAGGCCCCUGGGGCCAUGGAGGCAGUGCCUCCAUCAGGCUUCUGAGGGGUCCUAGGGAGACCCCUAGAGUCAGGCCACCGCAAGCCCUGGGGAGAAGCAGAGACCCCUGAGGGCACCCCAGCCCCCCUUACUGUGACUCCUCACACUCAGCAAUGACCUGUGGGGUGGGGGGCUCUGGGACGUUUUUAAACCUAGGGUUUGGAGUCUGGACUAAGCUCCAUCCACGUCACUCACAAGUUUCUGUUUAUAUUUCUAGCUUUUUUUAAUAAAAAAAAAAAAACCAGAAAAGAGAAGUUUUCACAGCCCAGGGGCCUGGCAUGCCGGUCUGUGCCCGCCCACCCCGCCCGGCCCACCGGCCCCAUUCCUUGGCAGAGUCACACCCAGUAACCCUUUCACUAACAGACCAGGUCACACACACAGCAGCAGUCACUGUAACAGACUGCCACAUACACACUCAGUCUCACACUCACCUGUGGGUUUUUGGUUCCGUUCAAUUUGGGUUUUUAACUUUACAGGGUCAGUUCCGCUUCACCCCUCCUUUUGUAUGGAGUUCCAUCUGGGGAAUUUCACCCCUGCUCCAGUCCUGAGGCCUCCUGACCCUGACGUUGUGAUACACCCCACAGAGAUCUAUGUUUCUUAUAUUAUUAUUAUU